CGAAUAUUAACAUCCAGGGAUGGAAAAUACAUACUGAUGGAAGCAAUCGCAGUCAAAAUGGCCGAAUUGCCAUGGCAAAAAUGUCGAAUCGUGGUUCGCUGGCGGCAUUCAAUUGAUGGUCUUGGCCAAAUGGCGUGAGAGGCAUUGAAGCGGGCCUAGAGGUAGCCGACGGGCACUGUUCGCCGUGACUUCAGUUCUAGGUUAGGGUAAGUGGAUGCAUAAUGUGCACAGCCGCUUGCACAACUUCAACUGCACAAACCCCCUUCUUCGUCGACACUCUCUGUUCUCUCGAGGCAGGAACGACUCGCGUCCAAGAGUCCAACAUCAUGUCUGCCGCUUUCCUCCUCUUGCAGCAAUUUACUGAGUGAUGACUCAGCAUUCUGCCCACAACAUUUCACUCAGUUUAGUUGGAUGGACAGAUGGUGACCGGCUGGCUCCAAGUGCCGACAGCCAUCCGUCGUCUUCCACUUCCUUAACUAUUCCCGUCCUUCCCCUCUCCCUGUUCACCUCAGCAUCGAUUGUCGACCACCACUUACGGUACUCUCCAACAAUCACAGUCUUCCGUUGCCAAUUCAAAAUAGACUCUUGUUUUUUUUUUUUUUCAGUCCAUUGUCGACACAUCGUGGACGGAACCGGAAACACAAUUGUCUUCCUCUUUGUUGCCCCCUUUGUUCACCAUCGUGUCUUCAAUCCCCUUGACGGCAGCCAUGAUGCAGUACCCUUCGAGCUUCAUACACUCUGCUUUGUCUCGUCGAGAAAGAAUGUCAGAACAACAGGACCAAGGACAGCCAUAGCCCCUUCUCAUCACCUGCAGGCCCGCAAGCUACGUGCGAUAUCUUAUAGCACUUGACUGCUACACUACACAGUACUGGUCUCCAUAUGGCCAUUCUACCUGCCUCUACGCCCAACAAUACUCACACUCAGAAUCACUUUUCCAAAAGAUCUAGUGACAACUCCAAACGUCAACAUGUUCAACGACGAGUCGUCUGAAGGGACUGAUGCGGAUCCUUGGGCGGUACCCAAAUUCACCGAGGGCACCAACGUCUCCCGCGAUAUCCCCAGAGUGAAACCCCCAAUCAUCAAAUCCGUGGAAAGAACGAGUGCAGCACACCGUGCCUAUCGCAAUGACAUCACCAAAUUUUUCUUCAAGUGGCGUCGCCGUGGAAUCGAUUCUCCCAGCGACUGGGAUGGGGCAACCAUGGCCCGCCGAGUCAAGGCGCGCAUCAACAAAAUCCCCAUCAAGUCUUCCUGGAAAGGCCCCGGGAAUUACAGCGGUCUCAUCCGGCGUAGUAAGAAAAAGAUAGCGGAUUGGGGGAGUGGUGGACCACGAGAUAAGGAGCCCUGGGCAAUGGCCAGAAGUAUAUGGCUGGCAAACCAGUUUCUGCGCAUCAAAAUGCGCCACAUAAAGACUCUGGGCUGGGGCGGCCUCGGUGUCGUCAACCUCUUUGAGCAGGAACGCCCAGAUGGCCAGGUCAUCAAGGUCGUGUGCAAGAUAGACAUCGACAGCGGCAAGGGCUACCUUAGGCACGAGAUCGAAGCCCACAAGGGGACUGCCGGAGCCAAGCAUAUCUCACAACGCAUCCCCCCCGGUUAUUUUGCGCGACCCAAUGGCCAACCUAUCCAACCGGCACCCGGUACUGUGCCUUCGGCCACCAGAAGGUCGUUCGGCUCGGACUUGAUGAUGAUGAGCAGCGGCGAAGAGGCCAAGAUGGGGAAGGGUAAAAGACGCGAUCAAUCGCUCGAUGCUCCUGCCCUUUGGGACACAAACGAGGUCUUGUUCCUCGAGUUUAUGAGCCGCGGGGAUCUCCGCAAAAUAGUCGCAAAAAUUUCCGCUGGUCUUGCCAUGUACGGCAACCCUCCACCACUUACUCUUUGGCAUAUUUUCGGCAAUCUCUUCAAGGGCGUUGUAGGGCUGGCGUACCCGAGAGUAUUCAUGCCAGAGGAGUACAAGGCCCCAUAUAUGAGCGACGAAAUUGUGCCCCAAGCAUCCGAAAGCUGCAUGCCCUUGCCCAAACUAACACCAUACUGCUCGCAUAAAACCCUUGUCCACUUCGACCUCGAUAUGAGCAACGUCCUGGUCGGGGACUAUGAUGGUUUCGAACACAACGCCACUCCGAUAGCCAAGAUUGCCGACCUCGGCCUGUGUCACCCCUUUUUGGGUAACAACGACCCACCCAGGUUUCGUUGGUCGUGCCGCAGGCGAGGCAAGAGAAGCAUCUUCGCGCCCGAACAGUUCACCGAGGAGUGGGACUACGUCAAGGACGGCCCGCUCGAAUCCGGCGCCAAGACGGCGGGCAACUACAACUGGUGGACGAAUCUCUACCAGGUCGGCAUCAUCAUGUACUCGCUCAUCACGCUCUGCGAGUUCGAGGUGCCUCCUACGCCGAACAUGGCAGAGGUGAGAUACCCAGACGGGUCAGAGAAGGAGGUGUGGGGAUACGGCAUGGACCUACUCGUCUGUGGUUACAGUCACAUCGAUUUUGACUUGGUGAACGCCGUUGCUGCGUGUCUCUGUCAUGAUCCGGCGGACAGGCCAGAUCUGCACGACCUGGAGACGUUGAUAAGGACCAAGAUAACGUCGCAGCCGCCUGAUGGUCCGGCGACGAAGCAAGCGAGGGAUUGGGGCAGGCGGUACUUUGAGGGGGCGCCACCGCCGUGGCAUCAGCCGGCGACGACAGGGAGGGAGAGACUCAAGCUUUGGCAGAAGCCUGCCCCUGGAGGUGUUGGUGGGGGUCCGCCUAUACCAUCUGCAGUCAGACAGCCUGGCGUUCAGGCUGGACUGGCGCAGCAGCGCACGACUUCACUCGCGACUCCUACGAGACAAAAGCCUGCCGCAGCCGGAAGAGGGCAGCAGCGUGCGGCUUCGGUCGCAGUUGUUCCGGGACAGCAGCCAGGAUUUCUACAACAGCCAGGGUUUCAAGCUGGGAGGGGGCAGCAGCGUGCGGCUUCAGGUGCAGUUUCUCCGGGACAACACUCUCGAUUCCCGGCCGGGAGAGGCCAGCAACCUUCGGUGCAAGCUGGAUGGGGACAGCCUCCUAUGGCUCGGGCUGGAAGGGGACAACAGCCUCCAACUCAAGCCGGAAGAGGGCAACCGCCUCAAUUUCCAGCUGGAAGAGGACAGAAGCGUGCGGCUUCGGCGGCAAGGGGUCCGGGACUACAGCCCGGAUUUCAAGCUGGAAGAGGUCAGCAGCCUGGCUUCCAAGCCGGAAGAGGUCAUCAGCGUGCGGCUUCGGGUGCAGUUCCUCCAGGACAACAGCCUCGUUUUGCAGCCGGGAGAGGCCAGCAACCUCCGGCGCAAGCUGGAUGGGGACAACCGCCUCAAGAUCAAGUUUCAGCUACGGCUGACAGGUGGCGACAAGCUGGGUUUCCAACCGGAGGGCAUCCUUCUGCUGCGGGUCGAACUUCCCGAACCCAUUUUCGGGCGCCCUCUGGAUUCUCGACUAGAAAGGGAGGUUAGGCUACCGGUGUAGUGCUUACCUCGCUGGUUCAAAGCUGCGGUCACAGGGUGCGUUGAGAGGUGAUGGUCGGAGAGAGCAGUGGGAGUUUGGGUUGCUGUUUUUAAGGUCUUGGUGUCCUGCAUUGUGUGUGGCUCAAUCUUCACUUGCAUUGACAAGUAUCGUUCUGUAAUGUUCCAAGUGCAAGUGCAGUCUCCUUUCGCUGGUGGACUGAGAAGAGCAGGCCAUUCGACAUGCUAGGAUGGGAGAAUGGGUUCAGGCAUGUUAUGAAGUUUAUCAGGUGACCGAAUGUCAAUGCUAUAUGGUUCAAUUUCUUUCUCGUUGUGCUUAUACCUUUCUUUCCAUUGUGUAUGUUUUCUUUGUAUAAGCAAUGAGCGUGGAGUGUUAGUUGCGUCGUUUAUUGCUAUUUAAAGGCGGACGUAAGAUGGCGAACCGUCCGAAUCUGCAACUGAGCUGUACCAAUAAUCCCAGGUUGUAUUGCGACGCUCGCAAAUCAAAAC